AUGAGCUUCACCCACGACAAGCUGGCUGAAAAUAUUUACUGGAUUCGAGAAGAGGAUACUCGAGAAUCUUAUCCAUUAAUGUACCUGAUUUUGGGUUCAGAGGAAACAGCUUUACUAAUUGAUACUGGUUGCGGGUGCGGUAACAUUUACCAUUACCUCCGUUCAUUGUCAUUCAUGCAGAAUGUGAAACUUAUUGUUGUCAACACUCAUAAUCAUCCGGAACAGACGGGAGGAAAUUGGCGGUUCUCUACGACCGGGAGUAAUGGAUUGGCACAUUUGGUGGAAGAUUUGUGUGCAGGACGCAAGAACAAAUACUAUACCCGUUUGAUGGAUAGUAGCUGGCACUGGGAGAUUCAAACCUAUAAAGUGACCCGGUGGUUGAAUGAUGGGGACAAAAUAUUACUGGGCGAUGAAUCAGAUUUGAAGAAUAUAGUCCAAGUUAUGUGGACUCCGGGACACACUCCAGACAGCAUCGUUCUCUGGUAUCCUUACGCUAAUCGUCUUUUUGUCGGUGACCUCUUCUACCGUUUUGACGAUAUAUUGUUCACUUACCAGUACACCGACAUCCGUCAAUAUGAGAAUUCGGUUCGGAACAUUCUGAAGUUUGUUCAAAGUCAAAAGGUCAAUGUCAAAUACUCGUCGGCAAAAAACGACACUGAUAAUAAAUGUCUACCAACUUUCAAGUUGUAUCACAGAUUUUUACUUGCGGUUAUUGCUGGAACACAUGUUGGAACACACUUGAGAAUUGAUGAUGCGGAAGGAGUUAGAUACGAAACAAGAGAUAAAAGUAUGAAAAUAGUGAUUGGAAGAAAAAUUGUGCAGAAGUUAAACGAAGCAAGAGAAAAAGCUACUCAAGUGCAAUGA